AUGCUGUACCCGCCCAAUCAGCCCUUCUACCACCAUUUGGGCAUCUCCAACUCGUUCUCAACCGGUGUGCUGCGUAAAAUCGGCUUCGUUCUGCUGAUCGUUGCCCUCGUCGCACUGACGGCCCGAAAGUCGUGGAUCGAGCCGCAAAGGGGUCGCAUCAGUCGUCCCAGUCGUUAUGGCAGGGAUGCUAGUGUAGUGUGUCCUUCUGAUCGACCGUUUAUCUGCGACGCCCUUGAUGAACUCGGCCAAGAAUAUCCACCGUGGCUGAAGAAAGACGGCGGGGCGGAGGACUUCGCCAAGUGCGCGCCCUGCAACACGGCUGCGCGCAAACCCUGCGCUGACCCCUUCAACUUUGCCAUACAGCAAGAUGGAAGGCUUGAGGACCGGCGUUGCAGUCCAAAGCUCUGCAAGCGUGAACAAACUGCUACGACAGACUGUAUUGCCCCGGUCAAAAUCGAUAAGAAGCUACGAUGGAAGAGAAGCGACAGAAGAAGCCGUCAGAAGCGCCAGGGUACACCACUUCCAUCUGUCAUCUACCCACGCUGCAUCAAGACGGACGGGUUGCCGGAAGAUCAGAAAGCGAUCGUAGAAGCCGACGAACUGCUCGAUUGCGCCAAGAACCCAUUCUACAAGCAAUUCGGCAUAAUGGCAUUGACCGUCUCGAACCUGCCCCUGUGCGGUCAGGUCGAUCAGAACCAGAAAUUCUGUGUGGUCACUCGCCAGACCGCCGCCCCGACACUGCCACCAACAACUGUUGCCCCAGAGGAGCCUGAACAGCUCGGACUCUUCCUCGGCAUCGGCGCCGCGGUCCUUAUUGCUGUCCUCGUCGUCGUCGGUGUCAUCUACUUGCUGAAAUCGGGCGGUCGAAAGAAGGCAGAAGAGGAGCCGGCUGCCGAUCCGAAGUCGGAGAGCAGCGACAACUCCCAGGCCGCCACCCCCAGUCAAUCCGAGCCGACCGCCGCC